AUGACAAGCAGGCAAGAUGUUUCUCUCAAGGACUAUCAGCCGUGGAGCAGCGGAGGCGCUGAACUCUGCGCGCUCCUGCUUAAAGUUGAUCCCCUCAGACAAGCGACGAAGCACGUAGCCAGGAUGCGGGAGAGCGUACGGGCUGUGGAGGACUUGCUUCAGCAGCUCGCCUGCUUUCAGCAGCUGCUGCUGACCGAGUUGCGGUUCAAGGCGAAGGACAUCGGCGCAUUCGUCACCGCCCUGGCCCACUUGGGGCUCCAACUGCCCACGCCGCGGUCCCCGAGGCGCACAGGCCCGCCGACGCCGACGCACCUGCGUGAGCUGCACCGGCGCCUCCUGCGGCGCCUGCGCAAGGGCGAACUGCGGAGCCGCGCGGCGGAGGCCCCUGAGGCCGUCGGCGUGGAGCCCGGUCUGUGGAGGGAGGAGCGGGAGAGCUGGAGCGACAGCACCGACGCAGGGGGCGACGCCGGAGACGCGUUGUCAGAUCGCGAACGAGAGCACGCCGGUCUACUCGCGGGGGACGCGGCGCCUGCUCCGCGAAUCGCGAAACCGCCGAGGGCGGUUGGGCGGAAGGGGCGGAGGACGCAGGGCCGAGAUGAGAAAGGAGACGCAUGGACAGAGACAUCGACGCCUGUGCGGCUGUCGGCGGGAUCGCUCUCGGCGCGGAAACCGACAGACGGCGCGAGCAGUCUGUCUGCAUCGCAGGCGUCGACUUCCUCCUCUGCUUCCUCUUCGUUUUCGGAUUCAGGCACCACCGGCGCAGACCGCUGCGGCCUGGCGGCUCGCGACCGCGCCCCACUUUCGUCGUCUCUGACUUGCGCCCUGUCGCUCUCUGGGGGUGCGUCGGGGUCGGCGGGCUCGCGUGCAUCUCCGCUGCUGAGCGAGGGCUUCGAGCCGCGCACGGACGAGGAGGACGACGCGAGUCGCUGGGGGGCCGGCUUCCGCCCUUCUGCGUCGUCUUCUCCCUCGCGUGUGCCCCUCUCGGUGGCCUCUUCGCCUCCGCUUGAGGCGUCUUUCUCGCCGCUGCGGCCCGCCCGCGCGCCGGAGGUCCUCGGCUUCGAUCCGCUGCUGAGUCCGCCGGAACCCGCGCCCUCUGGUCGGCAGGACGAGGCGCGCAGAGAAGUUUGCGCCCGGCACAAAGCAGCGGUAGAGAAGACUCGCGAGGGGGAGGAGGUGGUCGGCGCGUUAGGCGAGACUUACGGGGCCGCUGGGGAAGGGCAGAUUGCCACGCCGAAGGCGCUGAGGCAAAUCGCGUCGGUUUGCUCGUCGUCACCCUCCUGCUCCGCGUCCUCCGCUGCGUCCUGUGAGGCGUUCACGGGGAAAGGAGACUCCCGUCCUCACCGGCGUCGCCAGAGGCUGUUGAAGCCUCCGCGCGAGCCGAGCGUGCCGGGAGACGACACGAGGCUGGGCGAUCGGGCGAAAGGGGGCCUCGCUGGCGCGGAAGAGGCGCGGGACGAAGGGCGGAGCGAGGCGGCGGAAGACGAGGACUUUGCAUGCGUUUUGUGGAGGAAUAAGGCGCGGGUCGCGAAGAGACGCUUGGUGGCUGCCGACUCGUCGCCUUCGCCUGCGUGCGCGUCGCCCGCAGCUCGUCAGCCUUGCUCCACGGUUCAUGCAUCCCCCGCGUUGUCGGAGUCUCUCUCUUCAGCGUCGACUGCUGUCGCGUCCUCUGAGUCAUCCUCGUCCUCCUCUCGCUCGUCGCCGAAUAUACAGCGUACGCGAAAGCGAAAGAGCGACGCGUCGCCGCUCGCCUUCCGCGCGACGCUUUCCGACUCGGAGUCUGUGGUACGGGAAGACGCGAGGCUCGGAGGAAGCCGCAGAGGCGCCAAGCGACGCAGACUGCUGCAGUCGCGCUCCCGCUCGCCGUCGCUGGCGGGCAAGACUCUGCCGGCGGGAAGCGAACGAACGACUCUUUCCUCGCUUCUUUCCAAGGCAAGAGGAGCUCCGGCUCAGUCGUCCUCGAGAGAAGAUGGCAAGCCCGCCUUCGCCGCCGUGGGAGACCCCUCCGCCACGCGGGAGUCAUUCGGUGUUGCUAAAGGCCAGGCCGCCCCCCCGCCGGCGAGCCCUGCGUCGGGCUCCUCCUCCCCGUCUGCCUCGGACCAAGGUCGCCCGUCCUCCGCAGCUGCUCCGGCUGAAGGAGAGUCGUGGCCGGCGAGCAGGAGGCCGGCCGCGAGUGCUUCGACCGCGGUCGCGUCGCCCCAGGUUUCUUCGGCCGUCUCCACUGUCUCUGCGGAGUCAGUCACAGGGACAGGGGUCUCUGGAGCCGGCCGCGACCGCAGCCGGGCCGCCGGGCCUCCCGCCGGCGGCGCGCCUCUGCGGGGAGAGGCGAGCGGGGCGGCGGAGACCGUCUCUGGAGGGAAGUGCGCGGCCGCCAGCGGCAGUUGCAAGUCGGCAGCAGGUCGCGACGCGAAGAAGGAGAAAGGCAGAUCGGGUGCAGCGACAGUUUUGCUGAAGGCGCGAGAAGCGUCAGAAGCCGAAACGCGCGCGGCGGGGGCGAGCUCCGCCGGCGCGAGCGUGGAGUCGGAGUCCUCAAGCGCGGGCGACGACGAUGCGCCACUCUCUUGCGCGCGCGCGGCGCGUCGUGGAGCCGCGGCAACGACGUCUUUAGGGCGGAAAACGAACGAAAUCUCUCGCAAACUCAAGCUCUCUGCCGCGUCGCCUUCUCUCUCAAAAAGGAGGCGAUCGGCCGGCAGUCUCCUCCCCGGCGCGCCUGCUGGCCUCUGCCCUGCCAAGCGCGCGCCUCACGAGGCGAAUCUUCCGGAGUCUCUGGAGGCAGCCGUCGUUGCGAAUAGAACCGCUCCGGUCGCUCCAGCGUCGGCGCGGCAGCCCCUAGAGAAUGCCGGCAGUGAGGCCUCACCGCCAAACCCGCGGAACCGCAGAGGAAGCUCCGGAGGCGAAAGGGACGAGAAGGCGCGCGGGGCGACUUCCGCGAAGGAGAAGAAGUCGCGCGCGGUCUGCGACGACGACAAGGAUCCGUGGCUUCCCACGGGUGCGGCGCCCGCGCGCUCCGCAGCCUGCGCCCCUGGCGGAGAGGCUGCGGGCGCGGCGGACUCCACUAAGUGCGCCGGCUCCCGCCCCGCCGCCGCCGAGGAGGUCCGGAGGAGGUGCGGAGACACUGGGGCACCGCGAACAGGAGGCCCCAGAGACAACCUGGCGGUCACUUCGGUCCCUGUCUUGCAGUCCUCGGCCGGCGCGCCCCCCCCCUUGCCCUCGUCGUCUCCGGCGGGUCCCCAAGGAUCUGCAGCGAAGGAGGCGAGGCCCUCUGUUUCCGCGCCCGCUCGAGAGACGCUUGGCAAAGAGCGUGAGCCAGACGCGUCGAGUCCCGGCCUCCGUGCCGAUCCGCGGACGCGAAGCGCGUCGCCGACUUCGUCCAGCGAGAGCGAGGCUGAGAUGCAAGAAGCCGAGAGUCGCUCGAAGCGCCCGCAGAGACUGGAGGGUCAUCGGACCCCGACGCGGACGGGCGCCACCGCGUCCUCCGCCUAUACAGCCGAGUGUCUGGGCGGUUCGGCGGAGAAGAAAAACGAUGCCGUCGCGGGCGGAUCACACGCCCGCGGAAAUGACGACAAAAAAGGAGAAUGCGACGCGCUCGGGCACGGGGGACGUCUCGCAAGCGGAGCGAUUGAAGCGACGGCACGAAGCGCCUCGGGAGGAGCGGGUAGCGAGCGCCCCCGGCCUGCACCGGCAGAAGGCUGCCAGGCGACUUCGGCUGUCGACGCUCGCACGCCGGGAGGCGCGUCGCCGCGAAAGGUCAGCGGCGAAGAGAAACCUUCCAAAAGUGCGCCUGUUUGUUCUGGCGCGGCGACCGCAGGGGCGACAAGCACCCGCGCGGAGGGCGUCAGGGGUACAGACUUUGGGCGAGGUGAGGCGCGACCGGCAGAGCGGGGCCCUCUGCCUCUACGCAGAAGCCACGAUAGAGAGGAUGAGAUGGGGAGCCGCGAACGAGAGCGAACUCGAGACAACCGAGGCUGGGCGCGCGUGGAGAGAGGUGGGCGCGACGACGCGUACCUCCGCCGGCCGCUUCACGACGACAGAGCGAGCCACAGAGCGGCUGUGGACUGGUAUCGGGGCUCAGGAGACUACCUCCGCGGACGCGACCGGGGGCGUCGCACCGAGGAGAGGAGUCCCGGUUGGAAGCUGCAUGCCUCCGUUGCAUGGGCGUCUUCUCCGAAGGCCUCAACCUCGUAUCUGCCGCUCUGGGUGACGCAGACCAUCCGCAGCGACAGAUGCAGAAGUUUUUCAUCCCACGGAAGCUCGUCUGGGCACUCCGUCGCCUCGCGGGCUUCGCUCGAGCGCGGCGACGCGCGCUGUGCAUACCCUGCAGACGAUCGCACGCGGCGCGUCAGCAGACGCGAGGCGGAGAGGCGCGAGGGCGGGCGAGGGCGGGGGCGAAGUCCCUCGGCGCAUAGAGAGGACGGGCGGGGCCUCCGAGCCGCGUCUCCGCGUGCCACGGGUCGCGCAGCCCUCGGGAACCCUCGCUGCAGAGAAGAAGAUAAAUGCUGGUGGCGAGAGAGAGCGAAAGGCCGUGGAGAAGACGGCCGCGAGCUCCACGGCCCGCCUUUCGUGUCGCGGAGGCCAGACGCGCGGAGCUUCACGGAUCGCCGGUGGACGCAGUCGAAAUCCUUCUCCUCGAGCGGCAGCCUGUCCAGUGCUCACCCUUCGCCGCCGUCGCGCCCUUCCUCGCACCUCUCUUCUGCCUCUUCGUUCUCUGCGGCGGCGUCAUCCCGCUCGUGCUGCACCAUGGCGUCGGUGUCCUCGUUUUCAGCGACUCCGUGCACCGGCCUUGCGCCUGCGAUCGUCUCUGAUCCCACGCGCGGGUUUCCGCCCUCGGCGCCUGCUGCACCGAGUGCGUCCGCACUCGCCAGUUGCCCAGCUGCGUCUCUUUGCUCCUUCACGUCCAGCCGCGGUGGAGCAGGCGACGCGGCCGCAGAGGCGGAAGAAGGAGAGAUUGCAGAAGACGGAGAGCCGGUCGCAGGAAGCCCGCGCUCCGUCCUCUCGCCUGGAGACAAAACUCCCCAGCUCGCCUCCUCUCGCUCGUCUCUGAACAGGCAACAAGCCGCGACGACGAACAGCCACCUCGGCGCGGGACUUGGCAGAGGGGGGGCGGGGAUCGAGGCGCCAGUGGAACGUGGCGCGCCGCACGCGGAGGGGGUGUCUUCUUCUGCGUCGUCGGCCUCUUCCCCUAUCGCUUCCUUCACCUCUUCCUCGGCGCUCGCCGCGCCCAUGCUGCGCUCUUCCGCCUCCUCGUUCGACUCGAAUCUGCCGCCGAGACCGGCGCGGCCCGCCCAUACUCAAUUUCCCGAAUAUCAGGCUGCCAAAGGGGCCCCCUGUCGCCCUCAGGGAGACUCCCUGUCAGCGUCUUUCUGCGGCGCCGCUCAAAAGGAGCAAGCCUCGAGUUUGUCCGUGUGCGACGCUUCCUCCGCGCACGCCCUGCCGCCAGCCACACUGCAGGAUUUUGAAAAUGUCUGCGAGAGCUGCCCAUCGUCGUCUGUGCUUUCGUCUUCGUCUGUAGGCCCGGCUCCGUUGCGCCCUGCGAGUCUGCUCACGUGCGCCUCCUCUCUCUGCGCAACGUCUGCGGCUUCCGCGCCGUUUCCCCUGUUGUCUGUCUCUCCGGAGCUCGCUCUCUCACAACUCUCUUCUCUCGUCCGGUGUUUCUCCGCGUCUGCCGCGUCGCCAAGCGGCGGCGCGACGAGCCGGCGCUUCGGCAUCCUGUCUCUGUCGGCGCAGCGCCCUCGAGACGCCGAACUGCAGAAAAGACGAGGCAGUGCGCGCGGCCGUCUACCGCUUGGCGGAGGCGGCGAGGCGUCGGAGGAGGGUUGCGAGGAGAGCGAAGAAGAAGGCGAAGUGAAGGAGGACGCGGUUCUCCUGAGCAGUAGCGGGGCUGCGAGAGGCGGCGGCGCGCCCGAGAAAGAGUCGGCGGCGUCGGCAGAAUCUGAAUCCAAGGCGCCCUUCUCGCUCUUUGGCGAGCUGCGCUUCAAAGCAUCCUCCGCAUCCACGACGCCCGUGCGGGAACGCAGGUCUGCGGCAGGGAACGAAGAAAAAGCGGAGACGCCAGCUCGAAGAACUCCCGACAACCUGGAGGUCGAGCAGACGCCGAGUGAAGUGAGCAGGCGAACACCUGUGACACGGACAGAGAAGGCGGAAGAGGAGAGAGAGGAUCGAGUCGAGGAGCACGAGGGAAGCGGGACGCACGGAGAGAGGCGUCAGGGAGCAGAAGGCGCAGCCGAGGGAUGCGAAGGAGACAGAAAUGCGCGAGAUGAGGCAGACGCUCCGCGCAUCGCGCGUGCGCUGCAGGCGACGAAUGACCAUGAUGCGGGCGCCGCUGCCAUCUGCGCGGCCGCCGGCCUCGAUGCACGGGAGGCAGCGAACGAAGGAGAUUGCAGCGGGGAGACAGCCGCGGCGCAGCUCCGAGAGGCCAGCGCGGAGGGGGAGAUCGGCGGAAUCUCAGCAGGCCAGAGCGGCUCGCUGGAGGCAGCUAAUGGGUGCUCGACGGAGCUUUCAAGCGCCCCUUCAGGGCGAGCCACGUCUGUCAAGGAGCAGCGAGAGCGAGAAGACGGAGACGGGGGCUGUGAGUGCUCGGGGGGAGGUGGCAGCGGAGAGGGAGAAGACGCCGCGAGGAAAGGGGGGCGGCCGUGUGUGUUUUUUUCUGCCUCGUCUACCGACAACGGCGAAGCCGCGUGCCGCGAGGUAGACGACGAGAGAGGCAGUCGCGGGAGGCCUGAGGUCCCGCCCACGAGGGUCCCGGCUGAGCGGCGGAAAAAGAGUAAAGCCGACGGCGAGGAGGGAGGGAGACUAAAGCGAGCAAAAGCAUCGCAGCUGUUGCUUUUCCACAGAGGCCGCGGCGAGCCGAAAGAAGACGCGAGAGUCCCUAACGCGGAGACAAAGCUCGAAGGUGACGAGAAGGACGAAUGCGCAGCCGAAGAAAUGCCGCGGAGGCCGUCGCCCAGCGAGACCGAGAGCCCUCUGCGUGGAACUGCCGCAGAAGAGAUGCAGACAGGCGACGUCGCAGACCGCGAAGAACACGGACAAGUGUCGAGGGCCUCAGGCGAGGAUCCAGGGGAGACGGGACCGACGGUGGGGCGGCUCGCGGGAAGCCCUGAAGAGAGUGAGAGACUAGAAGGCAGCGAAGACUUCGCGGACGAACAGGAGCUGCAGCGCGUGUGCCUCACGCUCAAGGCAGAGCUUGAAGACGCUCUGCAGCGUGCCGACUCUGCAGCGACGCGGCGGCUGCUGGUCGAGACGCAUCGCCUGCUGGUGCAUCAGAUGCCUGUGUCUCUCAUGCUGCGGAUUCUCAAACCGACAGGCCUCGGGCGCACGGUGCAGGCUGUCGUGCGCCACGAAGACGCGGCGCUGGUAGCCCUCGCGCGCCGCAUCGUCACAGCGCUAAAGCGGAGAAUCGCUUUGCAAGCUCAGCAGGGUGCUGCCCGCAUCUAG